AUGCCGUAUAACGAUUCUGACGCCUAUCCAGCUAUGAUUCCCUUUACCUCGUUGCCCACGGGCCCAGCCCCGAGGGACACUCCUUCUGGCCGCGAACUCCGCAAAACUGCUCUCUGCAAGCCUCACUCGAUGCCUGCCCAGCCGAGCGUGCACAGUGCCAGUGGCAGCGUCCUCAGCAGCGACAACGGCACGCAGUGGCAACGGCGGAGACACGAAGACUGGGUCAAGGAGCAAUACCGCGGCAAGAUCGUGUGGAACUUCGAUCCAGCGAAGUUCAUCCAGGCUGUCUGGGGCUUUGGACCCGAGGAUGUACCACCCAGACGAUUUACGAGCGCGGGAAGACCUAGCGAAGGCUCCGCUCCGCUUUCCUUCGACAAGGCGUCCUUGCGUGCCUACUUGCUGGAGCGGAGGGAGAGGAAGUGCUACGUGCCGCUGGCGAACAUAGCUAACGGGCUGCUGAAUCAAAUGUACGGCCUGAAGAGCAGCCAGCAGCGCGAACGUCGCGCGUUCCCGGCGCAGUUCAGGAAGCGCGACAGGAAGUACGAAGGCCGCUACAUGGACGAGCGAGUCGAUCGCGAUAUGACCUUCGGUACGGUGGAAUUGACUCCUGGAAAGUGGCCGCAAUGGGACUUCGAGGCCGCUUUCAUGGAGAUCAAGAAAACGAAGACCGACCCUGUACUGAGUCGCACAGAGCUGCUGCUGAUCGAUACGGACGCAUAUCGUGUCGUGGAGAAAGGCAAACGCAAACGAGCAUCUGCAGAGGACGGGACCGAAUUGCCGAAGGCGAAGCGAGCACGGUGUAUGCCCACGGACGAUUCGGGAGAAGCCCAGGACGCUCCUGCCGCCACGGACAUACAGGCAAAGGAGGCCGAUCCCGUGCGGCCUCAGGAGGUCAAUAUGACGCACAACGAGGCAGAAGCGGUGCAGUACAUGAACCACUUGCUGUCGUCCAACGUGCGGUCGUUCGGGAUAGGCUGGCUGGUCGAGGACACCAACAUGCGCUUGUACUACGGCGAUCGGAUGGGCAUCGUCGUGACGAGGAAGUUCAAGUUCCUUCAACGCGAAGAAUCUGGGCUUUUCAUGAGAUGCGUUGCGGCUAUGGGUCAGGCGAGCGUGCACGGUAUGGGGAUUUUCCGUGAUCUGCAUUUUCCGGAAAACAAGCAGAAGGAGACGGAGUUCGAGCGGUACGAGGGCUCUCAGUUGCGCAUAACGGCGCGGCGGCCUGAUGCCUCUGAGCCCGAGCCGUUCGAAUUCGACGUCGACGUCGACGGCAAGACGAGGUGGAUAUACACACAAUACGGAGCGCUGGGUCGGGGCACAAGCGUCAUCCCGAUCAAAGCGACGCUGGAGACAGACACGUACAAGCACUUCAAGACCGACAAGCUCGUAGCGAAGAUUGCCUGGCCAGAUGCGCUGCGCUCGGCGGAGGACUCCGUCAUUAUCGCCGUGCGUAAAAGGCUGAGCGAGGCAAAGCGGGAGUACCUACCGCACAUCGUGGACCUGAAAUGCUAUGUGAGCCGUACGAUCGAGGAGAUGAAGCUGCCUCGGGCUGCGAUGGGCCUCGCCCGUGAUGAAGCUGACGAGCGCGUCUGCCGGGUGCUUGUAAUGCAGUGCUACCAACGGCUCGAAAUGGUCGAGUCCGUUGACGAUUUCAAGAAGGUGUAUACUGACGUCGUGCGAGCUCACUAUUGGGUAUGGACGACGUCGCGCAUUCUGCAUGCUGAUAUCAGCACAAACAACAUCAUGUGGAUCCGCAAAGAUGGCAAACUGUAUGGUGUUCUCUGCGACUGGGAUCUAGCGGAGAACGAUGGCAUGCACGGCAACAGUCAAUCGACGCGCACUCACGAGUAUGCUGGCGCCGAAGGACAAUCUGCGUCCGCCUCGGCCACGGUGGCUGACGGCACUGCAACGACAGCCGACGCAGGGGAAGCCACGUCGAGCGAUUCGCCGAAGAAGGCAAGGUACCGCACGGGCACGGGUCCGUUUAUGGCCCUGGACCUCCUGCGCUCGAGCCCGCCCCCAUCCCACCUCUACCGUCACGACCUCGAAGCCUUCUUCUGGUUGCUCGCGUAUGUCUGCGCGGUGUGGGACCCGGACAAGCGGAAGUUCGGCCACCUGGACGCGUGGGAGCGGGCGACGUUGGUUGAGAUUGGCGGCCGCAAGCAGAUCUUUUUACAAAACCGUAAUGUCUACGACGAGACGUUCAAACGAGCCCAUCCAUCUCUGAAACAUCUCGUGGCCCACGAGCCGGAGGCGGGCUGGACCUCGAAGCUGCCCUAA